AUUUACAGCCACACUUUAGCUUGCAUUGAGAAUCGCGAAUCAACUACAAAUAUAAAUAAACAAAACAAAAAAGGCAAACAAACGAAACAUGAGUUCACCAACAAGUAAAAAUGCCAGUGAUACGAACAACAGCAACAACAAUAAGCCAAAGAAGUCGGCCAAAACAAAUUCCAAUGCCAAGGGCGGCACCAUGGACACACGCGGAGAAUUGGCGGACCUCAUCAAAAAGAAGGCAGAGACAUCGGAACAACUAGCGAAUCUGGAGCGACAGAUUUAUGCUUUCGAGGGCUCCUACUUAGAGGACACACAGCUGUGCGGCAACAUCAUUAGAGGCUGGGAACGAUAUCUGACCUCGAACAAGGCAACGAACUCAAAGGCAGACAAGCGAAAUCGCAAAUUCAAAGAUGCCGAGCGUUUAUUCUCCAAGUCCAGCAUUACAUCGAUGGCCAUAUGCAAUCCUGAACGCGCUAGUGAAUCGGAUUCCAUAACGAACGAAGACUCCAGCGAUAAUCAGUUGUCAAUGAAUCAGAAUACAACAACCGCUCACGAUGGAGCCACCAGCAUCAAAUCACAGGAUGACAAGGAUUCGCCCUCGCAUCGCAACGAUACUGGCAGCCUGGCCAGUAAUAACAAGGAACUGCUUGGAACACCCACCUCGAAUACGAAGAGCAAAUUGACAUCCAGCUCAAGUGCGACGGCCAAGAAAAGUGGACACAUUAACAAGAAAAUCAGGCAUCGAUAAUGAUGCUGAUGAUGUCAAAUCAAUGUUUUAACGUACAAUAAUAAUAAAUACAUUU